AUAUUCUUAGCUGAAACAUUAAAAAAAAGGGGUUAUUCCAAAGACAGCGAAAGCAGCUGGUUUCGCUCGCUCUUCGUCCACAAGGUGGAUCCCCGAAAAGACGCCCAUUCCAACCUCCUGUCCAAGAAAGAGACCAAUCACCUCUACAAGAUCCAAUUCCACAAUGUGAAGCCCGAAUGCUUGGAUUCCUACAACAGACUCGCGGAAGAAGUCCUCCCCAAGCUGCACUCAGACACCGGGUAUCCAUGCGAACUGGUUGGGAACUGGAAUACCUGGUACGGCGAGCAGGACCAGGCAGUUCACAUCUGGAGAUUCGUCGGUGGCUAUUCGGCCCUCAUGGAGUCCAUGAACAAACUGAGGGAGAACCAGGAAUAUUUGCAAUUCCGUAAAGAGAGGAGUCAGAUGCUCCAUUCCCGGAGGAACCAGCUGCUCCUGGAGUUCAGUUUCUGGAAUGAGCCUCUGCCCCGCCCCGGGCCCAACAUCUACGAGCUGCGAACGUACAAGUUGAAGCCCGGGACCAUGAUUGAAUGGGGAAACAACUGGGCUCGGGCAAUUAAACAUCGUCAAGAUAACCAGGAAGCGGUCGGCGGCUUCUUCUCCCAAAUCGGAGAGUUGUACAUCGUACAUCAUUUGUGGGCCUACAAAGAUCUACAAUCUCGAGAGGAGACGAGGAAUGCUGCCUGGAGGAAGCGAGGAUGGGAUGAAAAUGUUUACUACACAGUUCCUCUCGUGCGGAGCAUGGAGUCCCGAAUCAUGAUCCCUUUGAAGAUUUCCCCGUUGCAGUGACCCGCCUUCCCUGGGCGGCACCAAGCUCAGACGUCACCCGGGUGAAGAAGAGGAAAACAACCCCCACCCCCCCAAAAAAAACUUCAUUACAUUUCGUCCCCCCCUCCAAUAAUCUUCGUGACAUCCCGAUUUCCUAACUUUUUCCUGCUUCGUUUAGAGCGGUGUCGUUGCUCCACCUCGGGCGCCUGGGCGGGCUUCGACUCCCAGAAUUCCCCAGCCAGCACCCUUGCAAGAAAGCAAAGAGUUGGCAUGGCUGGCUGGGGGAAUUCUGGGAGUUGAAGGCCCCACACAGGCAUCUUAAAAGCGUCAGGGGUCCCCGACUCCCGAGCCACGGCCUGUUUGCAACCGGACCCUGGGCCGGCGCGCGCACACAGCUCAACUCGUGCGUUUGUGCAGUGGGCCGGUGUGCAUUCACACACCGUUGAGCUGCCCUACCGGCCCACUGUUCACGUGGCCCAGUUCCUCUCUUCCUCCCCAGCUGGGCCACCAAGUUGCAAAAAUCGAGGGCUGCUGCCCUGGGUUGAGUCAGACCAAGCUAGAAAGAUUCUAUCCUUUUUUCUUUCUUUUUUUUAAAUCAUUCCAUUCUUAUUUUUUGUCCUCUUCAUCGGCCUGUUAUUUCCCCAGGGAAGAGCAGAGGGGUGCUGGAUGCGUGAAUGCUUAGCUUGUUCUGCCAAGAAACAGGAAAAUCAAAUAUUGAAUCGAUGGCCGUUGACACCUUGAGCGCUGAGCUUGGUGAGGGAGGGGCGCUUUUGUUUAAAAAAAAAUAAAU